CGGCUUGGGUCACGUGACGGGAUUUCAGUGUUUACAUUCGGAGCGAGACAAGCCCACGGCUCUGUCCGCCUGCUCGGGUCCCUUUCGGUUUCAUUUCAUUUCCGGUGAGGAGCUGGGAGCAGGAGAAGACAGAGCGCGAGAGGGAGAGGGAGAGCUAGCGAACGUGCAAGCUAGCGAGCGAGCGAGGGAGCUCGAGGGGGAGGGGAAGCCCCAGCGAAGCUUCAGCGAAGCCCGGGAGGUGCCCACAGUGACGGCGCCGCCUGCCCGCCGCCCGCCUGGCUGCUGCCUCCCGGCCUGGCUGCUCGGCUGCCCGGCGUGUGCGGGUUCUGCUGGGCCGGCCGUGAGGCGGCAGCGGCAGCAGUCCUCGGUGGCAGCGGGGCCUUCCUUCUCGCUCCCCCUCCUCCUUCUCUCCCCUCCCCUCCCCCUCCGGCUCCCGGUGGCGGGCUCCAGUCCUAGAAGGGGCGACGGGAAGAUGGAGGAACUGGUGGUGGAAGUCCGGGGCUCCAAUGGCGCUUUCUACAAGGCAUUUGUAAAAGAUGUACAUGAAGAUUCAAUAACGGUUGCAUUUGAAAACAAUUGGCAGCCGGAGAGACAGAUUCCAUUCCAUGAUGUGAGAUUCCCACCUCCUACAGGCUAUAGUAAAGAUAUCAAUGAAAGUGAUGAGGUUGAGGUUUACUCGAGGGCCAAUGAAAAAGAGCCAUGCUGCUGGUGGUUGGCUAAAGUCCGCAUGAUCAAGGGCGAGUUUUAUGUAAUAGAAUAUGCAGCCUGUGAUGCCACUUACAAUGAAAUUGUCACAAUUGAGCGUUUAAGAUCUGUGAAUCCCAACAAACCUGCAACAAAAGACACUUUCCAUAAGAUCAAAUUGGAAGUGCCAGAGGAUUUACGGCAAAUGUGUGCCAAAGAAUCGUCACAUAAGGACUUCAAAAAAGCAGUUGGAGCUUUUUCUGUAACAUAUGAUUCUGAAAAUUAUCAGCUUAUCAUCUUGUCCAUCAGUGAUGUAACAACAAAGCGGGCAAAUAUGCUGAUUGAUAUGCACUUUCGAAGUCUUCGAACUAAGUUGUCUCUGAUACUGCGAAACGAAGAAGCUAGUAAACAACUGGAGAGUUCAAGACAGCUUGCCUCAAGAUUUCAUGAACAGUUUGUUGUCCGUGAAGAUUUGAUGGGUCUAGCAAUUGGCACACAUGGUGCUAAUAUUCAGCAAGCUAGAAAAGUACCCGGAGUCACUGCUAUUGAUUUAGAUGAAGAUACUUGCACAUUUCAUAUUUACGGAGAGGAUCAGGAUGCAGUGAAAAAAGCCAGAGGUUAUCUUGAGUUUGCAGAAGAUGUAAUCCAAGUUCCAAGGAACCUAGUAGGAAAAGUAAUAGGAAAAAAUGGAAAACUGAUUCAAGAGAUUGUGGACAAGUCAGGUGUUGUAAGAGUGAGAAUUGAGGCUGAAAAUGAUAAAAAUGUUCCACAGGAAGAGGAAAAUAAACCACAAAACCCCCCACCUUCCAAUAAUGCAAGGGUUGGAUCUAAUUCCUCAGAAGAAAAGAAAUACUUAGAUUUAAAGGAAAACUGCACUCAUUUUUCUCAGUCCAGCAGUAUAAAAGUCCAAAGGGUGUUAGUGGUUUCAUCAAUUGUAGCAGGGGAAUCGCAGAAACCUGAAAUCAAGUCUUGGCAGGGAAUGGUACCCUUUGUCUUUGUUGGAACCAAGGACAGCAUCACCAAUGCAACAGUUCUUCUGGAUUAUCAUCUUAAUUAUUUAAAGGAGGUAGACCAACUGCGCUUGGAGAGGCUGCAGAUUGAUGAGCAGUUGCGACAGAUUGGAGCAACUUCUAGACCACCACCAAACCGUGGAGAUAAGGAUAAAGGCUACAUGACUGACGACGGCCCAGGACUUGGCCGAGGUAGUAGGCCUUACAGAAAUAGAGGACAUGGUAGACGUGGUCCUGGAUAUGCUUCAGGAACUAAUUCUGAAGCAUCAAAUGCUUCUGAAACAGAAUCUGACCACCGAGAUGAACUCAGUGAUUGGUCUUUGGCCCCAGCAGAGGAAGAAAGGGACAACUACUUACGUAGAGGAGACGGACGAAGACGUGGAGGUGGAGGUCCCGGUCCCCGGGGACAAGGAGGAAGAGGACGUGGCGGUUUUAAAGGAAAUGAUGAUCAGUCUCGAACAGAUAAUCGUCCACGGAACCCAAGAGAUGCUAAAGGAAGAACAGCAGAUGGAUCGCUUCAGCAUUCAUUCAACCCUGUCAGAAUUAGUUCUACCAGCAUGUUUCACUUGGGCACUGCCUACUGCUCUCGUAUGAAAAGAAAAUAGCUGGAAGAGGGAUUUUGGUUAACAACUUAAACCUCCACAAAAUACGUCAAGUGAAGGCAAUCGUCUGCGCGCGGGUAAAGAGCGUAAUCCGAAGAAGGAAAAAUCAGACAGCGUGGAUGGGCAGCAGCCAAUGGUGAACGGAGUACCCUAAACUCUGCAGAGUUCUCGAGUCAUAUUUCCUAUACUGUUUCAGUAAUUCUUAUUCCACGUUAGAGAAACUUUGUUAGGCCAAAGACAAAAUAGUAGGCAAGAUGGCGCAGGGCAUGAAAUGAAGACAAAAGUUGUUAGCCUUUUUUGUUUGGUUGGGUUUUAAAAAAAAUAUUGGCUGUAGGCAACUGUUUUCAGCAUAAGAAGUUAAACAACAUUUACUUAAGAAUAUCUUGGACUUCUAAAAUGUGCUUUUAAGUACAAACUGUGUACUUCAAAAAAGUGUUUUUGUUUUGUUCUAAAAAAAUAUUGAGCUGUGCACUAGUAUACUCUCUGUUCGUUUGGACUUUUACUGCAUUGGGUCAGUCACUGCUAAAUUUAUUCUUUUUUCUGAAUAAAUAGUGUUUGUGAUAAUCAAAUUAGGCUUCUGUUUUCAAUCAAACUUCAAAGUCCUUAGGAAAUGCUCUGUCGUUUCAUGUCCUGUGUCAGUUCACGUUUUGAUCCACUUUUUCAGUAUCUUAGUGGACCUUGAAAAUGUGUGAUGUAACAAUUGUCAUUUUCAUUAGCAAAAAAAUUCAAGUUGUAUGAUCUGUGCCUUUUUUAUAUCUUGGCAGGUAGGAGAAUAUUUUAUUUGGAAGCAGAAAUCAGGGAAGAGAAGUUGGAAACACUAAAUGUAAAAUAUAUGUAGCAAAACCCUGUCCAGACAUUUAGUACUUUAUAGAAGAAUGCAUGCUUUCUGUACUUGUUUUCCUUACUGAAAUAUCAUGUUAGGCAGUAUAAAGAAUAGGAGCUCUUUUUUUGUUUUAAUUUGUUUUUUGCACUGAAGAUUGACAUUGUGUUGAGAAGUGUAAUUGUUAUUUACACGUGCGACAAGAAGUCACUGUCUUUCCAUUAUGAAAGAGAAAAAUUUCUUUGGGAACAAAUUUUACUGGUUACAAGCCUAGUAUAAUAUGCCUAUUUGGCCAAAUAACUAUAUUGAGUAAAUAGUCAUAAUUUCAUCUUCCCAUAAAUUCUAGAAUUGUUUUUCAUUAUUUUAAUUUCAAGCUUAUCUCAGGGGAGGUAGGAAGGUGAUGUCCUUUGUGAUUGCUAUGUGAAGCACAGGUAUCCAACUCUGUAACAUUGGAGGCAGGUUAAAUUGUUAAAGUUGAAGUUCAAGGCCUGAUUCGAAAGAAGAAUCAGGAGGCAUUCUAGAAUCUGAAAAUAAGUAAUAGACAAUUAGGGAGUGGGGUAAAGGGGGUGGACAGGCGAAUUUUCUCUUUUUGUUUUUUCCCCUUUGUGAUCAUGAAUGGUUUAUUGGGGAAAAACUGUGUUAAGGACCUUCAUUUUAAAAUUUCCUAUUUUUUUUUCAAAAUUACUUUAGGAGGGGUGCCACUGAUUAUGUACAGAAUUGUACAAACCAAACCUGCCUCUGAUGUAUUUUGUGAGUUUCAUUUAUCUUUGCUUUGCUUUUCACUGUUACUUUUCCUUGCAUACAAGUAAGCAUAUAAAAAUCGCAAGAAACUGCACAUGGUUUAACAAAUACUAAAUUGUCUUUAAAAUUGCCAAACAUUGUUGUUGAUUUUUAGUUAUUUAUUUUGGGAAUGUUGUAUAGCAUUUGAAAAAAAAAAACUGGUACCUUGCACACAUCAUCUGUAAGCUGUUUGGUUAAAAUACUGUAGAUAAUUAACCAAGGUAGACUGACCUUGUAAUGUAACUGCUCUUGGGCAAUAUUCUCUGUACAUAUUAGCUGCAACAGAUUGGAUUUUAUGUUGACAUUUGUUUGGUUAUAGUGCAAUAUAUUUUGUAUGCAAGCAGUUUCAAUAAAGUUUGGUCUUCCUCUGCUAA